UGCAAGAACAAUAAUGGCAGCAACCCCCCCAAGAAAAAGAAAAAAUCCUCAACUUCCGCUACAAACAGCAGUGCAACUCUUCAUUUUCAACACAACCACAAGACCCAGUUUCGUAUUUGUUUUCCCACAAUCACCCAAAACCAAUGGAAGAAUCCAAGACCUCAUUCUCUCUCUUCAAGAAGCCACUUUCAUGGCAAAACACUUGUUACCUUCUUCGUCCACCAACAACAACCCUUACUACCUUCUUCGUCCACCAACAACAACCCUUACCCCACCCAUCUCCACCAAAUCCACUCCUUCCUCCGCCACGGACGGCGACCCGAUGCAGGUCGAGAUCGACGCCGAUGAUGAAGAGACCACUUCAAAGUGCACAAUUGACAAGGUUGAGGAGAAAAUGAGGCACUGCUUCAUCAAGAACAAGCGCCCCAAACGGCCCCUUUUGCCCUCCGCCGCAGCGGUGGCGGAGGAGAAGCGGGUUGUUUCCGAUGAUGGGUUUGUGGGGAGGGUCAGUGACAGUGACUAUGAUCCAUAUGCUAUGAGGUUGAGGGCAUUGGACCUUAUCUACCAGUUUCAUUGCUAGUGUCAUCAUGAUCAUGUGUUAGAUAUGGAAGAAUUAUUUGUAUAGAUUAUUUUUAGUUAAUGGAAAAAAUUUAUUUUAAUUUUCUUUUAGGAUGGUUGGUUUUGUUGAUGGCCAUGGCUUGUGGUUGUUUUGGCAUGGAAGAUUUGGGAUGUAGAGUUAGCUCUGGAUGGAUAAAUUAAUCAGGGGUUAUGCUGGUUCUUUGCAGACUUUCUGAUUUUCUGUUUAUCCGUAGUGUUAGAGACUCACACAUCCUAUGAGCGUCCAAACUUUCUGAUCGUGUAUAAAAGUAGCAUUCAGUUAUCUGUUUUCAUGGCUUGUGUGUGUUGUGGUGGUGGGGAGACAAAUACAAUUAACCAUGAUACACCAUUUGGUCAA